AUGGCUGCAGCUAUGCAGGCGACAACCGAGGCAUUAGGUAAUCAGAUAAACCAGGGUAAUCACGAGAAUAAUGAUGAUGAGGACGGUCCUAUGACACUCGCUACAUUUCUGAAAGUUCACCCUCCUACCUUCAGGAGAACCUCAAAUCCCACUAAUGCAGAUAAUUGGAUUCAGGUUAUGGAAAGGGCGUUGCAGGCCCAACAGGUUCCUGAAGGGCAAUGGGUUGAGUUUGGAACUUAUCAGUUGCUAGGUGAGGCUCAGUAUUGGUGGCAGGAAACACGACGUAUCCUGCAGCUUGAUGGUGCUGUGAUUCCUUGGGAGGGACAGAUGACAGUUGUUGAGUAUACUAGUAAAUUUGAGGAGUUAUGUCGCUUUUCUCGUAUCUGUCAAGGUGCACCUGAAGAUUUUGCUGAAUGGAAGUGUAUCAAAUAUGAGGGAGGUCUUCGGAGCAAUAUUCUGAGCUUUGUAGCUCCAAUGGAGAUCAGUGUAUUUUCUGAAUUGGUGAAUAAGAGUAGGGUGGGUGAAGAUUGUGUGAGAAAAGCGGCAGCAGAGAAAGGAAAUUUGAGGGUGCCUUUUCAGAGGCCUUCAGGGAGGAACUUCACCUCGAGAGAUAGGAAUUUCAAGCGUGGAGGCUUUGAUCCAUAG